CCUAUCGCGCCGGACGCGUAAUCUAUGACGAUUUAACUCCGUUUACGCGCGCAAUCGAACUUUUGAAGUAAGAACGCUGAUGAACUUAUUUUUUCCGAUUUGACAUUUUCCUUAUAUUGAAAUAAUUUUUGGCCUGGUUUUGAAACCUUGAUUUGUGAAUUGAAUAGAAGUGCGAGUGUAUUUUUCCGAAGUGACAGAUACUUUUUAAGUGUGUCGAAUUUUUUAUUCGUGCCAGUGACAGUUUGUGAAAGUUUUGGAUUGUUUGUUUUGGGAAUCGAUUGGAUUUUAAAUUCUGUCUUGGAUGGGUCAAACUAUGUGUACAAACGAUUCCUGAAAAACCAGCACAAAUGAAACAAACGCAAGAUUCACACCAUGCGACAAAGAUAUAAGCGAUGGCGGCGAAACUCAAAGAGGAAUUUGAAAAUGGAACGCCACUCGUGGUGCGCGCACGCAGGGAUGAUUCGAAUUUCGAAAAUAGAACGCAGACAGUGAAACGGAAAUGGCGGCGACCGGAUGUGGGGGUUUGGUUCCUGUCGUUUACUGUGCUGUUCGUCGGUUGCCAUGGAUACCAGGAACAGCGGUUCGCGAUGGAGCCGCAGGACCAGAAUGCAAUCGUCGGAUCAAGAGUGACCCUACCUUGUCGAGUAGAGAACAAAGUGGGAACUCUUCAAUGGACGAAAGAUGACUUCGGGUUGGGAACCAACCGCAACCUGAGCGGCUUCGAGCGCUACUCCAUGGUUGGAAGUGACGAGGAAGGAGACUAUUCCCUGGAUAUCAGGGACGUGGCCCUGGAAGAUGAUGGCAGGUACCAGUGUCAAGUCAGUUCCGGACUCAAUGGCGAGCCUCCGAUCCGGUCGCGGUACGCAACGUUGACGGUACUGGUUGCUCCUGAGCCACCCCGUAUAGCUCAGGGCGCGUUCAUAGAUGCUGCAGAGGACCAGCCUGUCGACAUAGAGUGUGUCUCCUUUGGAGGGAAACCAGCUGCUGACAUCACGUGGGUUGACGGCAAUGGAGUAGUGAUAAAGGAAAACGUACAAAAUAAGGUUGAAAUGUUGCCGGAUGGACACCGCGCAACGACAAGGUCGGUGUUGCGGUUAACUCCGACCAAAGAGCACCACAACCAGACGAUCACCUGCCAGACACAGAAUACCGCCGACAGAGCACCUCGGGUCACCACAGUACAUAUUGAGGUGAGAUACGCUCCUAAAGUGAACAUCUCCAUCGUAUCUGGCGAGGAGAGGAUACCCGAGGGUUCCGAAGCGAGGAUACGUUGCGAUGUCGAUGCGAACCCCCCACCACUGAUCUACCGCUGGUAUCUCAACAACAGUCCUGUUAUUGGAGACUACACUGAGGAAAUGAUAAUAUUCAACGUGUCCCGUAAGCACAAGAAUGCAGAAGUACGUUGCGAAGUCAGCAAUACUGUCGGCAAGAACGGGAAGUCCCUUAAAUUGGAUGUCACUUAUCCCCCAACGUUCAGGACACGACCACAGAACGUGGAAGCCGAGGUUGGUCGGAGUGUGACCCUGAGUUGUGAUGUCGAUGGUCAGCCUACACCAGAAAUCCGAUGGUUGUUCCACGAGCCUGGACGCAUCGGGCAGGUCAAGGGGAAGGCUCUGAACCUGAAGGUAUACGUCACCAAAGAAACUGCAGGACGAUACAUCUGUAAGGCAACCGUCGAAGGUUACCCAGAAAUAACUAGCGAAGCCACUAUUUUCAUUAAAGGUGCUCCAGUAAUCGUAUCAAACAGAACCCAGCUCGGUUCAGAGGGCGACAGUGUCCGGAUAGAAUGCGCAGCAUUGUCGGUUCCCAAACCUGAUGACAUAAGAUGGUACUUCGAAGGUCGGGAGAUCAGUGUCAUUCAAAAUCCAGACUACGCAACACUAGAAGAGACCUUACCAGAUGGUAUCGUAAAGUCCAGCCUGGUCAUCAGAGCCAGCCAAUCAAAGCACUAUGGCAUGUACAACUGCAGUGUCACCAACGAAUAUGGGAACGACAAUGCAGCUAUCACUUUGAAACCCAUCAAAACCCUUCCACUCUUCAUCAUCCUUAUCGGCGUGACUUCCGGCAUCAUUUUGUUCUCCGCUUUCAUCGUUCUGGUGGUCCUCUGUCAUAGAAGAAGAAGAAACAACUCCAAACAAGUCUGUGAGAAACCUGACGUCACUGUGACGUCAGGAGACAUGUAUAAGGAGAGCGAUAGGAGUUCCAAUAUCAGUGAUCUUAAGCUUCAAUUGCCGCAUAGCGACGGGACGUAUGAGUUGGACUACACCAGCUCAGAUCGUUCAGACACCAAGAUCCCUGCCGGUCUACCGCUGGCUGGUCCCGUUCAUCUGCCGAACAUGCGUCACGAUGACCCUCUCCUGCAGUUCCGAUACAGCAACGACUAUUCGGACCCUACUUAUAGUGACCCUUAUUUUAAGAAUCCGAGUGGGUAUGUGUAUGACUACCCACAGGGAUACGCGCCGCCUUCUCACUUGAGGGUACAGUCACCCACACAACUUGAAGUGCCUCAGGCGAACAGGUCACUACAAGGGUCAUUGACUCGCAGCAUCGAUACGACAUCGACUCUGCCUCUAUCGACAGGCAACGUGUCGCAUAGUAACUCUCUGCAACGAACGAAGGGCGCGGAUGAGACAGACGCCAUUAAUAACUUGGGGCUCCCUGUUGGUGGCGAAACACCACCAACGCCCAUUUACGCCCAGCCCAAUAAUCCGAAAAACGCAGGCGUGGACUUAAGAUAUGCAGCCACUUAUGGCAACCCAUAUCUACGGAAUAGUUCACUGGGUUAUGGCAACCAAGUGCACACAGCUAAGCCCGCCGCGACUCCCGCGCCACCGCCCUACUCCGCAGUUAGGAGUUCCGUGGUCAUACCCUCAGGUAAUGGCAGUCAACCUUCGCAGGCGACGCAUGUAUAGCAAAGGAGUAAAGUUAGACUUGUAUAAAUUAUACUGUAUUAGUAAUAGGAAAUAAUAAAACUCUUUAAAAAUGUGCGCGUUAAUUUGACCACAAAGGAGACUCUUAAACACAUAACACCACAGAAUAAUGAUCAAUUUGUUGGUGAUACUUAAGCGUUUGUAAUAAUUAUUUCGUGCGUGAUUUUAGGAUCUGUUAAAGAGACGUUAAGACAUAACUAAGUAGUGUUGUCCUAAAUGACAAACAAUAUUAGAAAUAUACUUGAAGAUGUUCUAAAUAAAUCGCUUGAAAAUGUAGUCGUUAAGUUUGCCACUAAGAAGACUAACUUAAGGGGUCACUUAAACAUGAGACGACAGAAUAAUGAUUAAUUUGUUUGUGAUAGGUACUUAAGCGUUGGUAAUAAUUCCUUAGUUAAAUGUCUUAAAGUCCCUUAAGAGAUCCUAAAAUCGUACUAAGAACUGAACUGUUGUCAUAAAUGACAGAUGAUAUUAAAAAUAUUCUUGGAGAUGUUCUAAAUGCAGGAAUGAAUAAACUAAGAGUUGAAGAAAAAACUCGAAGGUUAUAAUAUAUUUAAGGGAGUGUAAUUUAAUGACCCUCCGACUCUUGAAGUAAAUUUUUGUAGUAAACGGUAAAUUAAUAGUACACCAAUACUGUGAGGCAGAUUAUAGAAGAUUAUAGUUCUUCUUAUCCUUUUAGGAUUGUGAUGGGAAUAAAGGGGAAGACAAAGGAAGUGGUAAGUAAUUACAAAAAAAAUAUUGAAAAUUAAAAAAUAUUUUUUUGGAAAUUCUUGUUAAUCAAUUAUUAUUUUGAUGAAAAUAAUACUCAUUUGAUUAUUGGUCACUUAAUACAAACUAUUUUAGUUCAUAAACCAAUACAUUACUUAUAAUCCUUAUAUCUAAUUUGUUGUUAUCAACCUACCUGCAAUUAGAGCGAGUAUUGACUAGAACAUGGGAUUAUUAUAUGCAUCGAACAAUACUGCAAUUAAGCGGUUGAAUUUGAUUACAGAAUUACAUUAUAACCAUCUGAAUACACCUGCAACAGUAUUGCUUUUAGAGCAGAUCAUUUUCCGAGGUUUAGACGUAUUAUAUAUUUGAAAGAAAAAAAAAAGAUAUUAAUAAUGUUGGACGGCACAUCACUACACACUUAAACGAAAUCACAAAGAAGAAGAAACAUUAUAGAUACAUUUGAAAUCUUCAAUGAUAUUUGUGAAAUGAACGAAUUCAGAAAAGCAGUGUAUUAAAAUGCUGGUAACACUAGCAAACAUUUAAAGAAAAUAAACUUAAAGGAUUAACAUUAAAGACUUAUCAGAAAGCCUGUAAGAAUUAUUCUUACGUAAUGAGAUGAGGCAAUAUGGAAUUCAUUAAAAGUCGACAAAUAUCUAAUCAUCAUAAUGAUUAUAUUAAUUUAACUUUCGCUUUCUGAUGAGUAUAUAAUGUUAACCCUGAAACGGCUAAAUGCUGAUGUAAUAUAAGAUGUUCCUAUAGAUAUUAAAUGUAUGACUGACAAUGUAAAUAUUUCAUAUAAAUGUUAAGCCACGAAUGUAUAUUAUCAGGUCUUUACACACAUAAAUAUUAUUGAGUCUAUUUUAUCAAAGGUAUUUGAUUGGUAAUUUAUUGAGCGUGUAAGGCCCUUUUUUUGCUUUAAUCUCAUGUCAAAGAUUGAUAUUUCUGUUUGCCAUAAAUGUUUAUAAGACGAUUGAACGUGGAAAAUGGGAUAAAUAAGAUACCCAGGAACUGGGGGUUUAUACCUAAUAUUCUUAAUGAAAUGAAAUUUCUUGAAAAUAUAAAGAUUAAUAUGAUUGAAUUGCUCAAGAAGUAAUAUGUAUAUAUUUCAGAUUUUCCAGAAUAGAAUAAAUAUAAUAAAUGUAUGUACUAAGAAUACAGACUGAAAAUGAUAUUUUGUAAAUUUUAUAUUAAAAAUAUUUAGUGUUUCCAUUCAUAGGUUCAAUAUUCUUUACAAUAGACAAAUUAUUUAGAUUUGUAUAUUGAAAAGAAUAAUCAGAUUAUAUUUAAUUAGAUAACAUAAAUCUUAGAAAAUGGUCAAUAAGUUAGGAGAAAAUCAUAAUUUUCUGUGAUAAUACAUAGUAUCGAGAAAUUAGAACUGCAUUUUAAACAUAGUUUCCCGUACACCUUUUUAAUAAAUAUGUGUGAAUAUCAUAUUGAUGGAAUUACGAUUUAAUCAUGAAUUUUGUGUGCCACCCUAAACUUUAUGCCUUAUAAAAUAUGGUUUACAGGUAUCUUUGCUUAUUUUUAAUUUAAUUGUAAAAACUUCCAUUAUGCCUGUGUACCUCGCAUUAUUAAUGUUUUCGUUGUCAAAAAAAUAUGAAAAUGUAUAAAAAUAUAUUGCAUGAUACAGUGUUUUUGUUCUUUGCAUGCCAGUAUAAUUUGCAGUUAUUUUCGAUAUAUACGUUCUCAGAAUAAAACUUUGACUUUAUA